CAAGAAUCCCUCCAAUUGUAGGCUUACUUGGCGGUUCUCCAGUCCCAGCUUGUACUUGGCCAGUCUCGUCGCAAAUUGAGCGGUUAACCCGGCUGCGUGAUAAUGUAGCUGACUGUGUUUUUUUAAUCGAAGGAUGCGCGCCGCGCACCAAUUACAUGCACGGUGUUGGUGGCGUCUAACAGCCGUCUGACCGUCCAAGGGGUCGCUGAGAUGACUAGUGCUGACUUGUCGAACGGCAAUGGAAAUGACUUAUAUAUAUUAGCAGAAGGAUGAUGCCCUCUUUCACACCCACGUCUAGAAACAUCCAGAGUCAACCAAGAUGGCUGUGAUUCCGCUUGUCGAGCAGGUGUUGGGCCUGCCACUCGUGCUCCUCGUGCCACUCACCUUCGCGAGCUCCAUCCUCGUCGUCGUUCUGCUGCACCGCCUCACAGCUGUUCCUUACCCUCCCACCAUCCCACUCAUUCGCGAGCCCCCCGGCGCCCGUCGUUUCAGCCUGCGGACGCGUCUCGCGUACUACAUUGACUGCGAGUCACUGUUCGUCGAGGCAUAUGAACAGUACCUCAAGCAUGGGCAGCCUGUGGUGAUACCCGGUGUCGGGGUGAGGAAGGAGAUCAUCGUGCCUCCGUCGCGCCUGCGAUGGCUCCUGUCGCAGCCGGAGAACCAAUUCAGUAAUACGCAUGGCUUCGCAGAGAUGGAUCAGGCAACCUACAGCCUUGGAGAUGAGAAGCCCAUCCUUGACCCUUGGCAGGGUCUGCUCGUCAAGACGGAUAUCAACCGGAUGAUUGAGACAAUCUGUGCGGCAUUGGACAAUGAGCUCGGCGUGGCCUUUGAUGCCCAUUUUGGCAUGGAUGAGCACAACUGGAAGGAGAUUGACCUCCGACUCGUCAUCGCCCGGGCCAUUGCGCAGGCCAACAGUCGGUUCACUGUGGGCUUGCCCCUGUGUCGCAACCCAGAUUACUUGAAGACUCUGCUCCAGCAGAACGACCUUCUCAUCACCGUGGCGGGCGCCCUUUGCGGGAUGCCCGCGCCUCUGCGACCGAUCGUGGGCACAUUGGCCUCGAUCCCGAACAGAGUCUUGACACGACGCGUCAGCGGCUGGCUGAUCCCACUAUGGAAAGAUCGUGUGGCAACGGCGCGCAAGGAGGCCGAGACUGGCGUCACGCAGACCUCGCAGGAAGAAGACCAUGUGCUCAUGAUGGCUCGCUAUGCCCUCAAGGAACGACCCGAGGAGGUCGACGACGUCAAACUGAUUGUGCGCCGCAUCACGGCCCUCAACUUUGGCGCCGUGCACAACACUUCCAUGCAAGUCACAAACCUCCUCCUCAACGUUCUCGGCUCGGACCCCAAGCACAACACAAUCGCCAGGCUCAUCAACGAGUCAGAGCAAAUCCUCGCCACGGCAGACUCGUUUGACGAAGCAGGCCGGCCGCGCUGGACCAAGACCCUGGUCAGCAAGAUGAAGCUCGCCGAUUCCGUGUCACGGGAGACUCUCCGUCUGAACCCGUUUGGCUACCGCGCCAUGUUUCGCAAGGUCAUGGUGGACGGGUUGAAAACGGAGGAUGGGCAUGAGCUCCCCAAGGGCAACGUGCUCUCGUACCUCGGCUUCUCGCGACAGUUGUGCGGUGAGGGCUACGGCGCCGACCCCAGGACCUACGACCCCUUCCGCUUCUCGCGCAUGCGCGACGAGGCCGCCCCCGUCGAACAGGGCUCGGGUGAAGAGAAGAAGACGCCUGUGCAGACCUUUGUGACCACCAGUCCCGACUUUGUCCCCUUUGGGCACGGCAAGCAUGCCUGUCCCGGGCGGUUCCUGAUCGACUUUGAACUGAAGAUGAUUCUGUCGUACGUCUUGCGGCACUACCAUCUUAAAUUCCCGGACAGCUAUGAAGGCAAGCGACCGGAGAACCAGUGGCUGGCAGAGGCGACAGUGCCCCCUCUGAAUGUCAAGAUCUGUGUGAAGAGGAAGUCGCAGGAGAAGAGGCAGUAGACGCGCUUGGAUGGCUUGUGGACGCCAUGUAUUCGAUGAUAGACUGACUGUACCUCGUUCAGCAACACCGACGUUUAAUCCCUGCAGUACGUACCCAAUCGACUUCAUGCAAUUGCUACUUACCUACUAAAAGUUCCUUCCUACGAGUGACAAAGGGAGACGUUUGUGUUCAAGGGCUGCCAUCU